AUGUGCCACUUUCGGGUCUCCUCACACUGCUGCCAGGUCCCUUUUUAACAUAGGCCUCUGUAUGGCCUUCAAUUUAAGCUGCUUACGCUUCGCCACUCUGCCAUGGGCCCCUGUACCGCCUCUCUUGCUGCUGCCAGGUCCAGAGUGUGUUUCAUGGGUCUCUGUACGGCCUCCCAUUGCUGCUGACUUCAUCGCCAGACUCUGCCAUGUGCCACUUUCAGGUCUCCUUACACUGUUGGUGGGUUCCAUUUUUGUGAUAGGGUGCUGUAUGGCCUUCCAUUGCUGCUGCCUCCACCGCCACCCUGCGCCAUGUGCCUCU